AAUGAAGUGUCCUUCUUGCUUUGUCUGCUUCAAUUCCUCGAAAGAUAUAUAUAUAUAUAUAUAGAGAGAGAGAGAGAGAGAGAGAGAGGGAUGGAGAUAGACAAGGCUGCACCAAAGCUUGAAAGAAAGAUAGUGGAGAAGAACAGAAGGGACCACAUGAAGCUUCUCUUGUCCAACCUUGAUUCCCUCCUCCCUAAUUACUCACCAAACACUAAGGAAGCUGUGACGAUGCCUGAGAGAUUGGAUGAAGCGGUGAAGUAUAUCAAAGAGCUUCAAAUGAGGGUGGAGAGGAUGAAGGAGAACAGAGAAGGUUUGGGUUGCUAUGAAGGAACGAGCCAGCAGAAAAACUUGAAAAUGGGCGUUGAGGUGCAGGACAUGGGUUCUGGAUUAUCUGUGUUUCUUCUUAGUUUCAGUGGUGGCUUUUCAGCUUAUUCGAAGGUUCUCCGGGUUCUUGAAGAGGAGGGGUUGGAGAUCUUGGCUGCCAACUUCGUCUCCGGUGAAGUGGCUUUUAUCAUAGUGCAUUGCUUGGUUGCUGAGAAUAAUGGUUUUGAAGCUGAUGAAGUUAUGGAGAGAUUGAAGAAGGUUGUUCAGGGUUAUACUCGGAAUUAAUGUUUGCAUGCAUGCAAUUGGUUUUUUGUAUUUUGUGAUUGGAAUUGAGAAUCAAUAACAGUUCAGGAUAUCAUUUUUAACUCGUUUAUUUUUGUUUGUUUUUAAUUUGGAGAU